AUGUCUAGAGAAGCAUUUCUUUUGAUGGCUUGCAUUCAAUCAUGUGGUGGUCCUUGGGGCCUCAAGAUGCCUAUAGACGUUCUCCGUGGAUCUCGAUCCAAAAAAAUUCUCAAUGCCCAGUUUGACAAGCUUUCGUUGCAUGGCUUGGGGAAAGAGUUAUCAUCUGAUUGGUGGAAAGCACUAGCUUACCAAUUAAUAUCUCAAGGCUCACGUUAUCUUCGUCGUAUUCAUCCAUACCUGUUUGCAACAUUUAUGGUGACUCAGGCAGUUUCUCAGCUGAAUUUCCAAUCUAGUGCAGGCUCACGUUAUCUUCGUCGUAUUCAUCCAUACCUGUUUGCAACAUUUAUGGUGACUCAGGCAGUUUCUCAGCUGAAUUUCCAAUCUAGUGCAGGUUAUUUGUUCGAGAAAGUUAGCGAGAUAUAUAAAACUGUCAGUGUCAGUUCAAAAGGGUUGCAGUUUCUGAGUUCUUGUAGACCCGAUCAUCAACCUCCAUUAAUUCUGCGGAUGACUGGGGAAAUGGUUGAUCAUGAGGAACAUAAAAACAGACCAAGUGAAGUCAGCGAGUUCAAUGGUUUGGCUCCUCUGCAAUAUGAGGGAUUGUCACAGGCUGAGGCAGAACUCUAUAAAAUGCUGUUAGAAAAGAGAAUGAAGUUUGCAAGAGCUGCUGGAACCGCUCCAUAUGCUAUAUGUGGUGAUCAAACAUUGAAAAAGAUAGCAUUGGCAAGGCCAUCUACUAAAGCAAGGCUAGCAAACAUCGAUGGUGUGAACCAGCACCUAAUGACAAUGUACGGGGAUCUUUUUCUUCAAAGUAUUCAACAUCUAUCUCGGGGGCUGAACCUUUCUUUGGACGGGGAGACAAGCAUACAGCCCGCUAUCACAAAAAGGAUUUAUACAGUACCAAACCACCAGACAAAAUUAACUCCGGCAAAAUUUGAAGCUUGGAAAAUGUGGCAAGAGGAUGGCCUCUCAAUUCAGAAGAUUGCUAGCUUCCCCAGUAGAUCAGUUCCCAUAAAAGAAGAAACUGUAAUCAACUAUCUCCUCGAAGCUGCCCGAGAGGGAUGUGUAAUUAAUUGGACCAGGUUCUGUGAGGGGAUCGGCCUCACCCAAGAUGUGGUCAACAGUAUUCAGACUGCUGUAUCAAAAGUUGGCUCAAAAGACAAGUUGAAGCCUAUCAAAAAUGAAUUGCCAGAAGAGAUAAGUUAUGUCCAUAUCAAGGCAUAUUUGACAAUGGAUGAUUUGGGGCUGUCAGCAGAAGGAGUUCAAUCCUGCCACCAGCCUAGCUGUAAAGCUAAUGAAAAUUCUGAAGAGAUGUCAGAACUAUCACAAACAUCCUAUUUGCCAUCUCACGUCAGACCUUGUGACGUUGAAAGACUAGUAAAUACUGCAGCCUGUCAUUAUUCUUCAGAUGAUGGUGAAGGAGCAGUCCCAGUUCCCCUUGUGUUGUUCACAAGCUCAAAGCAAGCCCCAAUCUUUACUGAUGAUCUUCAUGAUGGAAAACGCCAAAAAGUUGAUGCAACAGGAGAAGAGAAUCCUGUUGCACUGGAGGCAACAGAGAGUUCCAUAUUAAACUGGAUUAAGAAAUUUGAUCAUGGGGUCUCUCUAUCUGAUAUUUUCAAGCACUUCAAAGGAUCCACCAAAGAGUCUAUAGUUGAUCUGCUGAGCUGCCUUGAAAGUGAGUUUUUGAUAUUUAAAAAAAAUAACUUGUAUAUGCUUAUGUGAUUUAGUGCUGCAAAGUUUGCAGACUGGGUUUUUUGUUUAGGAAUCCUUUGCCAUCUGAUUGGUCUUCCCUAUUUUAUUGUGUGUGAAUCAGCAGCGCCUCUAGACGUGUGGUUGGUUGAAAACUUGUGAAUAUAGAACAAAUCUAAAACUGUUAUGUCGCCUUAUGACAUGUUGGCAUGAACUGGUUGAAGAUUGUGGGUUUCACUCUGGGAGUUAGCAUGAUUUGAGCAGAAACCAAUCCAUCCGGUUGAAUGUGUAGCCAUAUCAAUGCCUUAUCCUAGAUGGUUGUACUAUGUUAUAUCAAGUCCUGCCAAUUCCCUCUAUACUGAACAGGUCUUGCCAGUGGCAGUGUGCUCCAUCCAUG